AAACUACUAAAACCCUCUGAGAACACACAUCUCCGCCAUAGUUUCAGAGGAACAGUCACCUCCAUUCAAGACAGAUGAUUUUGGGAAAUAAUGUAUGGGGUAUUGGGCAAACAAUCUCAACGCCCCAACUCAGACCCUUUUGUUGUUUGGAUUUCUGGGACAAGAAGAAAUCAUCCAAUUUGAGCUUCGUCUUGGGUUGGAAUUGGAAUUGGAAUUUUUCUGCUCGAAAUAAGUCAUAUUCUGCUUCUCAUAGACACCCCAAGAAAUCCACUUUGCGUUGCUGUUGCGCCGACAAUAAAAGCAGCAACAACGGUGAUGCUACUAGCUCUACAUCGGACUGGGAUUGGAAUCGAUGGAGCCGUCAUUUCUCUGAGAUUGAACAGACUGAAAGUUUUGCUUCGGUUCUCAAGUUCCAACUUGAGGAAGCAAUUGAGAAGGAAGAAUUUGAAGAAGCUGCAAAGUUGAAGCUGGCUAUUGCAGAGGCUACUUCAAAGGACAGUGUAGCUGAAAUCAUGUCUCAGUUGAAGGAUGCAAUAGCUGAAGAACGGUACCAUGAUGCUUCAAGGUUAGCCAGAAAUACAGGAAGUGGACUGGUAGGAUGGUGGGUGGGCUACUCAAAGGAAUCUGAUGAUCCAUUUGGUAGAAUGGUACGUAUAACACCUGGUGUGGGCAGAUUUAUUGCCAGGAGUUAUAGUCCAAGGCAAUUGGUUACUGCAUCUCCUGGAACUCCACUUUUUGAAAUUUUUGUAGUCAAAGAUGCUGAUGGGACAUAUCUUAUGCAGGUUGUCUAUUUGCAGCGUGCAAAAGGAAGUUCAACAAAUAGUGGCAGUUCAUCUUCCAAGUCCACAAAAAGUCCAUCAACUUCUGAAGUUGAGAAUGCAUCCACUGUAGACCUUCCAGGAAAUGAAGUAAAGGCGGAGAGAAGUGACGGGAAGGGAGUAAAUACUGAGGGUGUGACUGAGGAAGGGAUAAAAAGUGUGAUUAAUUUUCUUAAAGAUAAAAUUCCAGGACUGAAAUUCAAAGUCAUGGAUAUUGAUGUUUCUGAAGUGGCAGAUGAUAGUGAUUCUGUGAAGCAGUUGAUGGAAGAAAAUAACGAGAAGAGAGGACCAAGUGAAAAUUCUGAAGAUGAAAGUGAUGACUUGGAAGAGAUUCAACCUGAUGAAGUUGCUCUUGCAGAAGGUAGCAAUCCUGCAGAAGAUGGAAAAAAUAUGGAUGUGAAGCUUUUUAUUGGUGGGAUUGUACAUAAUAAUGAGGAGACUCCUAAAAAGGAAGAUUAUGUACGUCUUCCAGCUGAAAUCAAGGACUUGGAUAGAGAUUCUUUUGUGCUACAUCUUCCCACGAGAAGCUUAGAUAAAGAAAGUGCAGAAAGAAGAGUAUCUAAGGUGAAAGUAGCGGCUAUAGCAGCCCAAAGUGUCUCUGACCUUAUGCCCCCAGAUGUUGCUAAGGCAUUUUGGACUUCAGAUAAAGCUUCUUCAAAGGUUUCCAAAGAUGUACGUGAGAUUGUUAAACUUGCUUUUAGCCAGGCACAGAGACGGAGCAAAUUGUCUGAGUACACAACUUUUACUCGAAUUAGCCCUUCUGAUGGCAACUUAGAUCCAUUUGAUGGGCUGUAUGUUGGUUCAUUUGGUCCUUAUGGCACUGAGAUUGUGCAACUGAGACGGAAAUAUGGCCACUGGACUGGUUCAGAUGACAAGGCUUCAGAUGUGGAGUUCUUUGAAUAUGUUGAGGCAGUAAGGCUUACUGGAGAUCUUAAUGUUCCAGCUGGCCAGGUGACUUUUCGUGCCAAAAUUGGUAAAGAGAGUCGCCUUACCAACCGUGGAAUGUAUCCAGAUGAACUAGGAGUGGUUGCAAGUUACAAAGGUCAGGGAAGAAUAGCAGAAUUUGGGUUCCAGAAUCCAAGAUGGGUUGAGGGUGAGCUUCUGCAACUUAACGGCAAGGGCAUGGGACCCUAUGUAAAGGGUGCUGAUCUCGGCUUCCUUUACAUCGUGCCUGAGCAAAGUUUUCUUGUACUAUUCAACCGUUUAAGACUUCCAGGGUGAGCAUUGUCUAUUGGCGAUUAAUUUAAUCUCCUUUGAUGCGGCAAGAGAUCAAGCAUCUAAUGCAGAGUAGUGACUUCUUUUAUAUACCAUGUGUGAAAGAAGAUAGCUGUAUUAUAUGUAUGCCCACAAUUUGUUUUUCAUCUCCUUUUGUUUCUUUCUUUUUGCUUUCUGGGGUGCAGGAAGGGUUGGCAUAUUUGAUUUUGCACCUUUCAUGCCAACCUUUUCCUGUUCCCCAUUUCUCAACAGUGUACAUUAUUUUUGUUAAUUUACCAUAUAAAGAGAUAACUGAUGU